UCCAACGCAACUCCUCUAAAUGUCAAGAAACUAGCAAGUUUGAAAUGCUUUUUAAGGCCCUUUCCGAAGGUUUCAGGUACCGGAAAGGUAUGAAUGUUAAAAAGGAACUCUUUAGCUAUGAACUGACAGUGAGAUAGCCAAAAUUGCUCUAUUAAUACAAGAGAUAUUGAGCAUUUUCCAGACUUGCUCUUUGAAGUGCAAGAGGAAUUGUAACAUUUAACUGCCGAUUUAGACUCUUUCCGCAGGAUUUAAAGGGUUUUGAAGGUACAGAAGUUAUAAAGGAACUCUUUAGCUACGAAAUGACGGUUAAAUGGUCUGAUUUGCUCCAUUUAUUCAGGAGAUAUGGAAUAUUUUCCAACGCAACUCCUCUAAAUGUCAGAAAUGUAACUAGUUUUGAAAUGCGUUUUAAAGCACUUUCCAGGAGUUUAAGGUAUCAGGAAGGAGAAUCGAACUGUUUUCCAACCUGUUCCAGAAAUUUAAGAGAAAUACCUGUAAAGUAUGGCAACUUUGGCGGUUCAUUUCGGGUAGUUCUAGGCAUAUCAGGGAGUUGUCAGGUACAUAAAUCGAAAGAGCGCAUCAUUAUCUAUCAACUUCCGAAGAGAUAAUUAAAAUUUUCCUGCUAAUUUGCGAGAUAUCAAUGAUUUUGCAUCGCUGGUUCCUGUGGUGCAACUCUGACAAGGUCAAGCUUUGUUAGGUAUACAUAUGUAACCUAGAAAUAUUAUUGUGCAAACAUCUGAAGGCAAACGUUUAUUUUCUUUAUUUUAACAAUAAAUAACAACAAAAAUGCCGCAAACAAGUUACGACUCACACAGCGAAGGCCCCGGCUUCGUCGGCAUUCGAUUCUGCCAAGAAUGUAACAACAUGUUGUACCCAAAAGAAGAUAAAGACACCAAAGUAUUGCUCUAUGCCUGCAGAAACUGUGACUACAAACAGAAAGCAGACUCUCAAUGCAUCUACGUAAACAAAAUUAUGCACGAAAUUGACGAAUUAACGCAUAUUGUGCCGGAUGUAAUCUCAGACCCGACUUUACCACGCACGGAAGAUCAUCCAUGCCCGAAAUGCCAACAUAGGGAGGCAGUGUUCUUCCAAGCACAAACACGUCGUGCAGAAGAAGAAAUGCGACUGUAUUACGUCUGCACCAAUCAGCAUUGCUCACAUCGUUGGACAGAAUAAAUAUUUCACUCACUGUUCAUUCCAUCAUUUUAUAAUAAAACAUAAAAUACAUACA